AUGAUAAAUAAUACUAAAUCUCUAAAAGAUUUAGCAGAAUUUAGAAUGCGAAUCGAGAAAGAACCUAACAAAAUUCGAAAAUUCUUGCUUUUUUGUCUGAAAAAAUAUGCUUAAGUUUAGAAAAGCUAUGUUUUCUCUCUCUCUUACACAAAUCGAAAAAAGGAGUAAAAGUCUAAUGAUUUGAAUUUAAGGUAAAUAAAUUUUCAUGAUUUUAUAUUAUGGUUAAUUCUAUACUUUAAAAAAUAGGCUUAUAGAAGUUUAAAAUAUCUAUUAUUUCCUAAAUUAUAGGCCAUUUUUAUCACUGAGAGAGAGAUGUAAUGA